GAACUGGGUUUUCCUCAGAUUUGAAGCGAGGGCGAACACAUUGGAAGGGCACGAGGGAUCGAGGGUGUGGCGAAAGACUGGAGAGAAGCUAAAGGGGCCGGUUUAUGGAGCCAGGGAACCGUCUCGGUGCCCCAGAAGGUUUCCGAAGAUGGACGGGCCUGCGAAGCUAAGAUUGGCCUCCCUCAGCGACUUUCAGUUUGGAGCUGUUUCCACAGAGACGAUCGAGGAUGCCCUGCUUCAUUUGGCCCAGCAGAAUGAGCGGGCUGUGCAGGAGGCUGCAGGACGGAUGGGCAGUUUCAGGGAGACCCGGAUCGUGGAGUUUAUUUUUCUCCUGUCUGAACAAUGGUGUCUGGAGAAAUCUGUGAGCUACCAGGCUGUAGAAAUCCUAGAAAGGUUUAUGGUUAAGCAGGCAGAGAACAUCUGCAGGCAAGCCGCAAUCCAGCUGAGAGACAAAGAGAAGACAGAGUUUCAGAACUGGAGGGCUCUGAAAGAGCAACUUUUCAACAAGUUUAUCCUCCGUCUUGUGUCCUGUGUUCAGUUGGCCAGCAAGCUUUCUUUCCACUACAAUAUAAUCAGCAACGUUACAGUCUUGAAUUUCCUCCAGGCUCUAGGGUAUCUUUAUACCAAAGAAGAACUGCUGGAGUCAGAACUUGAUAUUUUGAAGUCUCUGAACUUCCAAAUCAAUCUGCCCACGCCCCUCGCAUAUGUGGAGAUGCUUCUAGAAGUUUUAGGAUACAAUGGCUGUUCAGUCUCAGCUACACAGCUGCAUGCAACCUGCUUGACCUUGCUUGACCUGGUCUAUCUUCUGCAUGAGUCCAUAUAUGAGAGCUUGCUGAGGGCGUCAAUUGAGAACUCCACACCUAGUCAGCUACAAGGGGAAAAGUUUAUUUCAGUGAAGGAAGAUUUCAUGCUGUUGGCGGUAGGAAUCAUUGCAGCAAGUGCUUUCAUCCAAAACCAUGAGUGUUGGAGCCAGGUUGUGGGGCAUUUGCAGAGCAUCACUGGCAUUGCUUUGGAGAGCAUUGCUGAGUUUUCUUACGCAAUCCUGACUCACAGCGUGGGAGCCAAGACUCCAGGGAGACAGCAGCCUGUUCCUCCCCACCUGGCAGCCAGAGCUCCAAGGACGGCUGCUUCCUCCAACACAUGAGGCAGGCUGAAUCUGCCAAGUAUAAACAGCCUUCCUCUCUGCACUCAUGCCCCCCUCUGUUUACUUUCAUAUGCAGGGUAUGAAACUUCCAAGCCUCUUUUGAACUCUUAUUUUGUACUCCAUUCUGAUGCUUAUUUUUCUGCAUCAAGAAAGUGUUAAGGUGGACAAUUGUGCAUGUCUCUUUUGUUGUAACAAACUGAAAAUAUCAAAGAGCUGGGAGGAGACAGAUUAGUGAAUUUAUUUUUGUUUAACAAGAUUUUUAUACUUUUUGUUUUGUUUUGAAUUGCCAGAAGGUGCAUAUGCU